UUUUUAUUUCUUUCCUGUCGCUUCCGUUCAUCUGUAGAAGACUUAAACAACGUUUUCAUUGUAGAUUUUUUUUUUAUUUACGCUCAAUUCUCUGACUAUGAGUUGUUAUUCUGUCACGAGUGGCUCAAAGUCACUUGUCGAUCCUUCAUGGGAAUAUAUCGAUCCAACACCUGAUAUCUUCGCAAUGUUUCAGGAAUUCGAUAGAACCUUCUUUGGAGGAACAUUGUCUCGCGUAGAACUGAAGUGGAGCAAACGAAUGACAUCGUGUGCUGGUUUGAUGUCACCAUUAGAAGGUAAAGGUGGAGCCUGUUCAAUACGCUUGAGUGAGCCACUUCUCAAAUUGAGACCACGAAAAGACUUGGUGGAAACAUUACUUCACGAAAUGAUACAUGCCCACCUCCAUGUCACCAAAUGUCGAGAAAGUGACCCCCAUGGUCCAAAAUUCAAGGAACACAUGAACCGUAUAAACAAAGCUACCGGUGCCAAUAUAACUAUUUACCACAACUUUAUUGAUGAAGUCAACCUUCAUAAACAACAUUGGUGGCGUUGUAAUGGACCUUGUCAAAACUGGAAACCAUUUUAUGGUUGGGUGAAACGAGCCACGAAUCGAGCACCUUCCAAGAAUGACUUUUGGUGGGAACGGCACCGUAUGACAUGUGGAGGACAGUACAUUAAAGUGAAAGAACCAGAAGGUUAUGGUAAAAAGAAAGAAAGUAAAGUUUCAAAAACAGACAAAAAAUCUCCUAUGAAGAAUGGAAAUAUUUUGGCAAUGAUUAAAAAGAAGUAUAAUUUGAACAAGCCAAAACCCACAGUGAUAUCAUCUAAUACUACAAACAAAUCCGAGAAAAGUUCAUCCAAAGGAUCAGGCAUCCAUUCUCCAUUAAAGAAACACAACAGUUCAGUCCUUAUCAAGAGUGCAAGCUCUACCAUUUCUUCAUGUAAUACUCCAGAAUCCUCAUCAAGUUUUUCUAAAGAUGUUAAAACAGUUGGUAAAAGUACAAGUCAAUCAUCCAUGAAUAACUUCUUGGGACAGCUUCAUAAAGAUAAACUGCAACGGAAGAACAUGUCUCAGACUAAUGGAUAUAGUUCAUUUACAGCAGCAAAUAAAGAUACUAUGGAGAAGAAACGUCCAAGUGUAAGUGAAAGCCGAGCGAACUACAGUACCUCAGUUGUUAAAAAAGCAAUGUCAAGCUCUUCUACUUCUACAUAUGAUACCUCAGAAUCCUUGCCAAGUUCCUCCAAAGAUGCUAAAACUGUUGGCAGAGGUACAAGUCAGUCAGCCAUGAAUAACUUACUGGGACAGCUUCAUAAAGAUAAACUGCAACGUAAAUUCACGUCUCAGACCGAUGGAAACAGUUCGUUUACAGGGGUAAAUAAAAGAGUAUCUGAGAAAGAUUCUGGUCUUGAAUAUGUGGAGAAGAAACGCGAUGGAAACAGUUCGUUUACAGGGGUAAAUAAAAGAGUAUCUGAAAAAGAUUCUGGUCUUGAAUAUGUGGAGAAGAAACGCGAUGGAAACAGUUCGUUUACAGGGGUAAAUAAAAGGGUAUCUGAAAAAGAUUCUGGUCUUGAAUAUGUGGAGAAGAAACGCUUAAAAGUAAGAGAAGAUGAAUCAUUCAGAUCUUCAAAAGACACAAAGAGAAAACUUCCUAUCAAUGAAUCCUCAUUUCUCUCUGAGGUAAUCAUUGAUCAUGAAAUAAAGCAAAAUACCCCAAAACAUCCCAAAAACUCUUUAAAAGAUGGUAAUGAAUUAUCAUCCUCUUCUCAAACACCUUUGCUCUUUGAUAAGCAUCUAAACAAUUCAUCACCUACCGAAAAGAAAACUAAGACAUCUGUACAUAAAACCAUUAGUUCCUCUGUUAAUAAAGAACACAGUUUUUCUUCAGAUUCAUCUUUUCAUAGUAGACACAAAAGUAGUAAACCAUCAACAACAGUUGGAAAAAGUCCUAAAGUUCGAAACACUUUACCAAAUUCUGAUCUAACAUCCACUGAAAAUAAAAUGAACUCACAUUCUACUUCAAAAAGUUUGAAUUCUGUAAAUAACUCUUCUAUUAAAAACUAUUUUGACUGUAGUACAUCAGACCAUUUGGCAGCAAGAGGCAGUAAUAAUUCCAAUCCCAUUAUUAUCGACAAUUCUGAUGAUUCCAAUUCUGAUAUUGCAAAUGUAGCUUGUCCUGUCUGUGAAAAGCGUGUGCCUGAAAAUAUUAUUAAUCAACAUUUAGAUGAGUGCCUCUCUAUGAAAUAGAAAAUGUAAUUCAUUUGAUGAUUAACUAAGAACUGAAAGACAUCAACAUUUGCACAAAUAAAAACGUAUCUAUUUAUAAUUUUUCAUGCAUUCUUUAUCCCUAGAAACGUCACUUGCUUCAAAUAUAAACAUCCGUUGUAAAAAAAAUUUUUUAACAUUACUUAAAAUCAUAAUAUAAAAAGGCAUUUGAUCUUUAUAUUUCAAGCAAUGUUUCUCAAACAUCUUUGAUUGCAGAAUACAGUUUGUUACAAUUAUAGUUUUGUUGUAGAUAUACUCCUUGCAAAAUAGCUUGCAACAAUUUUAAUGAAAUUUUUUUUAUUAGUAUUUUAAAACGUUUAAAAGAAAUUUAAUGAAUAUUGCUCUAAUGUUUUACAGAAUGCAGUUUGUUUCCCAAACUGAAUAGUAUCUUUUCAAAAAGUUGUCAAAUGCUUGUAUAUUUUGCAAUCUACUAAAAUAUUUUUUUUCAAAUCUAAUUUGUUUUUACUUCGUUUUUUAGAGACCUUUUUAUCCUUUGUAUCAAACUUCAAUUUGAAAUACUCUAAUUAUUUAUGGUAGGAUAAUUGUUCUGUGAUAAUCAUUUUGUUAAACAUUUGAGUGAAAAUAUCAGCUUUUCCUCAUUGUUUUGUAUUAAAUUUUUUUCUCCCCUUUUUCAUUGAAAAUUAAAAUGCUCAAAUUAUUUGUAAUAAGAUGUUAGCUCUAUGAUAAUUAUUUCAUUAAACAUUUGGUGAAAGCAUUAAUUAUUCAAGUAUAAAUUCACAGAAAAAUAACCUGUAUGUUUUAUAUGUACUCACAGAUGUAUGGGGGCAUGUGUGUUCUUGCCUAAUAAUGAUUAAAAUAUAAUUGUUACAUUUGAAAUCUGUUCUAAACAAAGUGAAUGUUUCUAUAAAUUUUAAAUUCUCCUUUUCACCUAAUUUGUAUAUAUUUCGAAACUCUACUUUUUAAAAAUUCAUUGUAAAUAUAUAUAGUUUCUGUAAUAUUUUCAUCCUAUUUUAUCACCAAAUUUGUAUAUAUUUCGAUACUCGAAUUGUUUGUAAAUCAUUUGUAAAUAUAAAUUAUAAUUGGCGGAGUUUCAGAUUAGGAUGGCCACUUAAGUUGGAUUUUCUUCGUUUUGACAGGGAUUUUUCCGAUUUUUUUUUCCAUCAUGGCCUUCAAAAUAAUGAGAGUGUUUUUUUAUGGGAAAGAAUUUUUUUGAAAAUUUGAUUUUUUUUUUUUUUGUUUUUUCAGCCACCCAUCAGGCUAAUUUUGGCCACUACACACUUAAAAACCAUAGAUGAAGCCUUUUCUGUAAAAAGAAAAAAAAAAGAAAAUUGUAAAUAUUUUCAGAUGAAAAGAUGUGUGACUUAAGGGAGAUUUUGCUAUUGUUUCUAGCACAUCCUAUGACCACCUUCCUUAUUUCUUUGUCACUCACAUGUAUUGAUGUUUUUCUAUUUUUCUAUAUUUUUCUGCCCGUGAAUACAUUUAUGCUUUUAAAAAAAAUUUUUAUUUGAUUUUUUUUUAACUCCUCCCACUCCUACCCUAUUUAUAAUUUAAAACUAUUGGAGUGUCUGAGAAGGUCAUUUUUAAAUAUCCAGUGAUUUUUAAAAAGUAUGCAAAAGAUAAUUUAUUUUAAUAGCAUACUUUUCUGUUAGUAAAUGUUUUUUUCUUAUACACACACACACAACCUCACUUGGUUUGGGGAGGCAGGGGGUUAAAAAUUUCUUUUUCCUGCUUAUAUCCCUGCAGUGGGCCAUGCAUGUCUUACUUCCGCAUCAUCAUUCUAUAAAAUAUGUUUGUGGGGAGAAAAAUAUUGAGAGACAUCAAUGCAUGUGAGAGUGGCAGCAAUAAAGGUGAUCAUGUGAUGUGCUAGAAGCAACUGUCAAAUCUCCCUUAAAUCACCUUUUUGUAUGAAAAUAUUUACAAAAAUUUUUUUUUUUUUUUAUUAACUGAAAAGGCUUCUCCCAUGGUUUUUAAGUGCAUAGUACGAAAAAAAAAUUGGUCUGGAGAUGGUGGGGGUGUGGUGAAAAAAAAAUCAUAAAUUGAAUAAAUCUUCAUCAGAACUGAUUUAUGUGGGUAUUCGAUCUGAAACUUUGC